AUGGGACAAAACCAGGGCAAGGAGGGGGAGCCAGGGCAGGACAACAGCUCUGAAGGACCAGAGGAAAAGGGACCAAGCCCAGACCCUGGGGGAGCCAAAGAGGAAGGAAAUCUAACCAUUGAAACUCAUGGAGUCGGGACAGAUGAGGAGAACACAGCCGGUGGAGGGUUGGAUGGAGGCCCAGGCAGGGAGUCACCAUCACCUACACCAGUGCACGCUUUGGAUUCUCAUGAUAAGGUGUGCGCUCCCACGGAGGGAGGAGAUGGCGAGAAAGAGGGAGGAAGAAAGAGUAAUGAGGAAGGCAGGGCUGGACCGCUGGCUUCACAGUCUGACAGUGAACCAGACCACGAGAGAAAAGACUUGAAGAGUACACUAGAAGACCGUCAGGAGAACUUUAGGUGUGACCUUCCUGCUAAAGACAAAGCUGAAAACGGAUAUAGAAGAGAAAACAAGAGUAAGAAGUGCGCAUCACAUGUAAAGAACAAAAUGGAGUCUGAUUGUCGAGAUGAUGACAAGCUGAAGAGCCAGGAGGAGGACGGAAAACACGAUUUUGAAGCUACCUGUGAAAUUACAGGGCCUACCUUGGAGAUUCUGGAAGGGAAGGACGUUUCAAAGCCACGUGGUGGGGACGCCAACACAAAUGUUCACUUCACAGUUCAAGACCAAGCGUUAGUCAUUACAGAAGACAUCAAGUUGAAGACCAGCAUGACUGAAUCGCAGAACAAGAGGACGAUUAACAAGCCCACAACAUCAAACCUCGUGAUGAACUCACAAGCAGAAACAUCAAAGGACAUCACUGAGGCAAGCAAUGAAGAAAUACAGAGGGAGCUGCCAGAGAAGAACGCCGAAACCCAAGGGUGGUCCGUGAAGGGUGUCUGCGGAGCCAGAGAACCAGAAACCUUCAGCGCUGAUCGCUCGUCCCUGAUGAAUGCAGAAACCCAGGGGCAGUCGAUGAAGGAUAGAGCCAGAGAAAACGUUACGGGCCGUCAGCCAACAGAAGAUGUCAUAAAGACCAGAUUUACUAGUUCAGCUCUGGCAGGUGCGGAUUUACCAUGCAAAGCUGUGAGUCUGAGCCCAGAGGACCUCAGUGCCUUAGAAGUGGCAUCCAAGAAGAGCUAUCGACAAAUAUCUGCAGGCGAAUUCACACAGGACGAGUUUCAGAAAGAAAGGCAAUUUAAUGUGUCAGACUCGGAGAGCCCUUGGACCAAGGAACAUUCACUUGGGAGAUCACCCGCUGGAGGUCACAAAAAUAAAGAUGGCAUGAGAGAGAGCGAAGAAAAAGGAUAUCUGGAAUCUGCUUCAAAGGGUCCCUAUCAUUCCUAUGCAAAGAAAACCAAGAUAAAAGAUCAUUCUCUGCGUGGAACAGAAACAGAAGAGGGUUGUUUUGUGACAUCUAAUAUUGCCAUUGUAGGAACGCGGGGUGAAAACAAACCAUGGCUACAAAGAUAUGAAGAUGAGAAAUGUAUUGCAUUCUCUGAAGACAUUACAGAUUCGAACCCCCCUUGUAAAUCUGGUGUUCAAGUUAUGCAAGAAAAAGAAAAGGAGGAUUUCCCUCUUUCAGCAAAGGCCAAAGUACACACAGAGAAAAGUCUGGAAUGGUUUCUGGCUGAAGAAGUGAUAAAACCCCUUCCAGAGACAGUGAAGGAUACCGCAUAUGAGAUGGAUCCAGAAUGUUCCUCUUCUGUAAGUGCACUGAUUGAUGUAGAAGAGCAACAGAGGAUUGUGGGAAACGCUAACUCGGCCGACAUGACGUCAUCAGAGAAAGACAAGGUCGGCAAGUCUACGAUCAGCUUGUGUAAGGAAACAUCUGCAACUGGUUCCAUCUCUGAGCUCAUUGCUGGUCCUGAGACAACUUCAGGUCGCAUAGAUGAUAGGCCAAGUGUGGACAAGAAAACAGAAGUCACUCUUUCUGCUUCUUCUCAGCUUCAAGAAACAUUUUUUUUGAAGGUUUUAACAAAUGCAGAUGUAUCCGGUCAGGUCCGGGAUAGUUGUGCUGCCGGAGCUGCAUUAACAGACAACACAUCUGCUGCAAAAGAUUUGCAACAUUCUGCCUCCGUGUGCAACCUUAUAAGUAUGCAAGCUAACGAGAAACAAGAGCAGAACAAGCUGUCGACAAAUUCAAAUUGUUAUAUGUUAGAGGAGAAAACUUCAAGCCAGCUUGACCGAAAGCAUGCAACAGAAAGCAGCCCAACCACCAUCAUGGAAGCACCACAGGGUGCACAGAAAAGACAUGUUUCUGAUAUGAUAAAGGAAACUAUUGAGUUGCAGAAGAAGAUGAAGGAGUGGUCCAAGCCCGCUGAGGCCCGGGUCGAUCUGACCUUAGAUCCAACACAGUCUGUGAAAGUGUCACAGAUGAAAGCAGCAUUUGAUUCACCGAAGAAAUCACCUGACAAAGCACUAGAGAGAAAACCUUCAGUAAGAAAAGGUAGGAACAUUUCUGAGAAGGAUGCAAUUCAUCUGGAGGCCACGCUGAAAUCUUGA